AUGGGACUUUUGGUACUUUUUUCUGUGUCGCGUCAUCAAGUGAAAGGAAUACGCUACCAGUGUGGACACGGUCAUGGUAUGAAUUUCAGUAAUGAAGACACGGAUGGCUACAGAAUGACAGUUAGUCAUGAGAGACUAAAUCCCAACAUUGACCUGAUUCCAAACAUAACAUACACAGUUGAAAUCGGACAGCAAGGUUUGGACAGACAAAUACAAGCUUUAGAACUUGAAAUUUUGUAUGACGGAUUCGGGAACGGAAACGAAAGCCAUGCCCAUGACAUGGACUGUGGGAAUUUACUUACACCUAUACGGGUGAAAUGGACCCCUGAUAACAACCUCAAUUCCUGUGUAACAUUAAGGGCGAUUAUCUGUGAAAAUCCGACAAAAUGUUCAAGCAUUAGUUUGGAAAUAUGUAAGCCCAAAGGGUGCAGACAAUAUUACAACGCAGAUAAGAAAGGGAUGGUACUAAGUCCAGGAUUUCCUGUGAGGUAUACUGACAGCUAUAACUGUACAUAUGUAAUCUACUCGUUAAACCAACAUCAAGUGAGAUUGCAGUUCAGGUCCUUUGAUCUCGAACCUGCUUAUGACAGCGAGUGCUUUGAUUCUGUUGUGAUUGAAACCAGGAACAUUACGUCAACGAUAUGUGGUACAAGAAACAGCACCGGUCUCAAUGAUAUGAAUUUCUACUCCGAUGAUGGUAUUUUAUAUCUGAUAUUUACGACAGAUUACAAGGUGGUUGCCCGUGGAUUUGAUGCGUACUUCUACUCUCUAGACAAAGCAAUAAUCGAUGGUUGUAACUACGUAACGUCGAAUCUAACCGGACACAUACACAGUCCAAAUUAUCCGGAUAAAUAUUUUCCGAUGAUGAAAUGCGAAGUGAAGAUAAUGUUACCUUCCCGUUUUAGAAUCUCGCUACAUCUACAGCAUCUCGAUUUGGAUAAAUCGAGCAAGUUGGGAAAAUGUUCUGGAGACGAGGACAAUAUUAAGAUCAUAAAGGAGGGUAUGGACGACGAAUUCAAUAACUUGCAAUUUUGUGGCAGCAAGAUGGAUUAUAGUUCGGACCAGACGGUGAUUCAGUCAAGCGGAUCAAUAGUUUCAGUGAUAUUUCAGUCCUAUAGUUUACACGAGAGUAAAGGUUUUAUGAUGCAGUAUAGCGCCGUCGAAUCGUGCAAGAACGUCACGUACAACAGUGCAACCGGAAUUUUCAGCAGUGUAAACUUUCCUGACAAUUAUCUGAAUAAUCAAAAUUGUUUCAUGAUAAUAAAUCAAACAGAAAGUUCUAGAAUUCUAGAGGUAAAAUUUCAAUACUUCUAUACUGUUUCAUAUGAAAAUGACGCGUGUUUGAACACAGGAAGUUGUAAUGACGAUUAUGUGGAAAUUGACAAUGGUGACGUCGUAAUGCGCAUGUGCGGUCAGUGUACGAGGGAUGGGGUGCCAUUAAUUAUACAUUCGACGUCAGGAUUCAUUUCGUUGAGAUUUGUCACUAAUAGUCAUCAGACACGAUCUGGUUACAGUGGUCGGUGGCGAUUGGUGGACACAUUACCGAACGUUGAACUCACCUGUCCGAACAAGUUAAUUGAUACCAAAGAACUUAUAUAUGAAGUCAUUUGGAUGAAGAAACCGUGGUCCCAAGCCAAUAUUGAUUGCGGCAAGCGUGGGGGUAUCCUUGCAUCCGUUUCUAACAUAUCUAUACAACGGCUGCUUGAAAAAUUACUGAAGGACAACGUAAACUGCAGUCAAGAGAUGCCAUCAUUUUGGAUCGGUGCCAGCGAUCGUAUAUUUGAAGGAGACUAUUAUUGGGCUGACCUAUCACGACUUAACUUUACAUAUUGGUUUGAAGGAUGGCCUGAUUACGGAUUCGACAUCAAUCAACCAAGUGAUGAUGGAUUAUCUGACGAAGAUUGUGUUGAAAUUAGAAACAGUUUUCCACUGCCUGUAAAGGGGACGAGAGCCACAAGUUCAUAUUACUGGAAUGACAGAAAUUGUCUGGUUAAAAAUUCAUACAUUUGUCAACGAUCGAAACAAGAGGUAACUAAGCCUGCUACAUGGAACCAAUUGAUAACAUCAAGAGUGAUAGACGUAGACAUGGAUAGCCAGGAAAAAGUAAUCAUAAACAGCCCGCACUUUCCUGGAAAUUACACUGACUUCACAGACAUCAUACAUCAUAUUUCAAGCUCCAAUCCAUUUCAUCGCUUACAUGUCCAUUUCGAAGCGUUUGACCUAGAAACAUCUGAUAGGUGCAUUUACGACAACUUAACCCUGAGCAGUUUCUCUAACACGUUCCCGGAUAUUGUGCGAUGUGGUGAUUGGAAUCCGAAGAUUAAAUUAAUUGAUUGGACGUCAAAAAGCAACCUCGCAGAUCUUCAAUUCAGGACCGAUAACUCGGUGUCAGCAUCGGGUUUCAAACUCUCGGUCAUCGCCCGCGAAGAUCCAGGAUGCAGGGAGGCUUUCAAUGAUAAAUAUCAUAAAAUGGUCGGAGAUCCCAAGAUCAUGUUAAUAUCACACGAUCACCUCUGCUAUCUUAUCCUGCCACGUGCGACUGAAUCGUAUCAAAAUGCUGGACGGACAUGCGCAGGGUACAAUGCAUCGUUGUUCUAUCAAACUACACAGGAUCAAUGCAGUAUGCUAACUAAAGCAAUACGAAGUAUUUACUCAGAUUACAGCCAAGACUAUAUCAGUAUUUGGACAGGCGGGGAGACUAAGAAAAAUGUGUCCGUCUGUGAAAUGCGCAAUAUUCGACUCUCUGGAUUAGAAUGCUUUGAGGUAGACGAUGUCUUAAACUCUGUUGAUUGUCACAUUCCUCGUCCAUUCGUAUGUGUAAAAGAGCAUCAUGCAAAAGACGACGAUAAAGACACGAAUCACAUCCAGAAAGUAGUUCUGCGAACUCCAGGUGGUCAAAUAAAAUGGCCUCCUAAGAGUACUGGUCAUUUGUAUGGCAACAAUCUUCAUAAAGAAUAUGAAAUACAUGCUACGGAUGGUCACCGAGUCUUCAUCACUGUAGAAUAUCUGGAAAUUGAAUACCAACAGGAAUGCUUAUAUGAUUAUUUGAGCUUGACCGAAAUUGUUAGUAAUAGUGCUGUUUUAUGUGGAAACACAAGCACUAUCCAUAAAAGUUAUUUUCUUUCCACAAAACAACAAAUCAAUAUAUUAUUUCACACUGAUUCCUCGAUCGGCGAUAAGGGUUUUGAAAUAUCUUGGAAAUGGAUAGACAGUCGAGAAGGUAUACAGAUUAUACCUGUAAAUAAUGAAAGUUAUAGCGGAAGUUCUUCAAGCAUCAAUUACCCCCUACCUUAUCCUGACGUGGUGCGGUACUGCAAGUCUCUAAAAUUGCCAAGUCAAUUUAGAAUUAUCUUAACUUUCAAAUUCAUUAACGUUUUAGAAAACAACAAAUCGGAUCCUGCUUUCGUUUUUUACACUCAGGACCAGGAAUUAGUUUUGCCUUACAAAUUAAACGCUACAUUUCCUGCAAGUCAGCGCACAUUUAUAUCCGAAAGAAACCACUUACGAUUGUGUUUACAUGUUGAUUCAAUCGAAGAAAAUGGAGGGUUUUCAGCAACUUACACCAGAUCUAGUGAUAAAACACUUCGGAUAUCUGAAAGUAUGAAGAUCACACCAAAACUGCAAAAUUUCGAAGCUAUUCAGAGUAUUCAUUUCCCCAACGAUGCACCAAGCAACCACGAGCAUAUUAUCUAUUUGACAACGGACAUCGGAUACAACAUAGUGCUAGAGUUUACAAAUAUUUCCCUUGUUGAUAGCCUGCGGUCUUCUGCGUAUCUAGAAGUAACAGACACGUCUUUAGGGAAUGGUUAUGAUAAGAAUAUCAUUAACAUGACAAUUGAUUCAACAUUCCAAAGGCUUCCUGUUGUGCGAUCUCAUUUAAAUUCCGUGCAGGUGAUAUUUGUAACGGGAUAUGGAACUGAAAAACAUUGCUUGUUUCAGGCUAAAUACUCAUCUUUAAGAGAUGAUGAUUACUUAGAAAAGACAAAACACAUCACGAAUGGAUCAUUAAAUUAUUGUGAUAAUGUAACUUGCAUAAAUGGCGGAGGCUGUGUCCAACUAAAGAACAGCAGAUACACUUGUGAGUGCGGAGCGAAUAGAACAGGUUUGUUUUGCCAAACAUUCCUUUGUGACCUGUUCCCCUGUGUACAAGGGAGGUGCAGUGUACGGAAUGGUGGUCCUACAUGUGAAUGUGAAUCCGACAUUUGGGGCAAGUGUUGUAACAUGACGUUUGUCCAGUGUAAUGAAUAUCAAUGCCAAGGCCACGGAGUCUGCGCAGAAUCUCAAAAUGACCCGAUGUGUAUUUGUUCUGGACAAUGGACAGGUGAUGAUUGUUCUGUGAAGAUACCGGAACAGAAAGAGACGAUUGCAGCUGGUGAGAAACUGUUGAAUGAACCUAUAUGGAUAGGCAUGAUCGUCGUUCUUAAUCUUGUGUUUGCUUUCACAUCCAUGUUCAUCGUACGGCGCAGAUGCGAGAAGAAAUUUAAAUGCUGCAAGGAAACAAAGUCUUCUGAAGAUAACAAAGCAGGUCGUGGUGUACAUACAGAGAAUAACUAUCCAUGCCUUGGAGACAUGUACAAACACUAUCGGUACAAGGACGACAAAGAUGCAUCUCUGGACGACAAGGAAGGAGAGGAGGACAGUAAAGAAAUUGAGUCACCAGAUAUAAAUUUCAGUAAUCAUAGAGCAGCAGCCAAAUUAUUUGCAUCAUACAACAACCGACAGCCAGAUCUCACUGUACCUGUCCUCGAGAAGCAUCCAAACAUGCUUGAAAAGAAUUCAGAGGACUGUGUCGGGGGGAUGAAGGGCGGAACCAUCAACUUUUGUCCUAACUAUGAUAUGGACAUGCAUUGUGAUGACAUCAGUGAAAACGAAAUUGCUGAAGCAUGCCUUGACGCUGCAGUCCCUAUUCUCAAAAUUUCGGAAAUAGGAAUGUCUUCCCUGGAAAAGGACUACCUCUGCACUUUCGAGAACAGGUCAUGGAAAAUUGGUAGUAAAGACUCUCCUCAAACAAAUCAGCAUUGUUAUCCUAAAAUUGUUGUGGUUGAUUCAACUCCGCCACAUUUUCUUGAUUCUCCUGUUCUUCGUCGAUCAGGAUUAGAAAUGUCUUGCCAACCUCCUAUGGAGAAGCAUACACCUUUCAGACUUUUGGAUGCCGAAAGCAAACGACAACGUUUCGCUUCGAAGUUAUGGGUUGAAAAACCGCUAUUUAACACAGAUAGUCUAUCUGGGCAUCAUUCGCCGAAAUCCACUUUAUACAGCAGCUCUGAAUUGCCCGAUGUCCGUUCUGAUGUAUCGAUCUCAGAAUCUCAUGGCUUCGCACCACUCGAUUGCAGUCAAUUAAGUAAAAUAGCACGUGAUCAACAAGUACGAUCACGAUGCAUGGCCUCACGUGAAGAGAGGUAUGAUACUGGAACAUCAGAAUAUGCUUCAAACCAUAUGAGUACGGAGAAGCAGCGAAAGAAUAAUCCUAAAGAAGAGGGGUUAAACGAUUCAAAAGGCGGGACACCAGGGAGGAAAAUGAGAGCAGGUCGUAUGAAGCGUCGAAAGAAAGGCCAUUCUAUUGAAAUAGGUGCAGUCAAAUAUCACACUUCACCUAAGACAAAAACAAGCAGUGAUUCAAAUUUGGAACAUCGUUCGAAAUCAAAACACAGAUGGACACGCAAAAAGCAGAAACAGGAGCAAUGCCAAAGCAUCCAAAGAAUGUUAGAAUCGUCAUUAAUUGAUGAUACUGGUCCUAAUACAGCUUCGAAAAUGUCUGUGCGUAAAUCUCGAAGUAACGAUUUAGUUCCAAGUCAAAUGGUCAAAAGCUCGUGUACAGGUCAGAACAGCGGAGAUGCCAACGACUUGUAUCGUCCGAUGGUACAACGAAGACACUCCUAUCAUACACAGCAAAAUUCGAAUAGCGUUUAUGACCCUGACAGCAUGUUGAAUAAAGACCAAAUGCUUGCUUAUAGAAUGGAACUGAGCGAAAGUGAUCUGUCAAGUAUGCCUCCUUACUUGUCAUAUAAAAUAUUGGAGGAGUCUGCCACCUCCUCUGACAUAUCUGGUACGGUUUCAUCAAAUAACAACAAAACUGGGCCGCUGAAAGUACCAUCAAUGUCAGACACUGAUACAGGAUUUUCGUCGUCGACACGGAGUCUGCGUUCACCUAACAGUGGCAAAGACGACGCCGAUUUAUUUUUACAUUCUUUACAUUCUGUUAAAGUGAAUAAGACGGACUCCGCGUACCAAACUAAACAAAAAUCCGCCAACAUUAAAUCAGAUCGAAAUAAAGAGAUACGCACACCAAGAACUAGGAAGGAUUCAAACGUGGUUGUACGAUUACAAAUGGCGGCGAAAAGAUUACAGAAUUUUUCAUCGUCUGGUGACAGCGCUCUAAAUACUACAAUAUCAGAGGACGAAUCGGACAACACACACAGGAAAAAUAGAAUAUUAGAAAGUCCAAAAAAAUGGUUGGAAGGGGUGUCAGAAGAAUAUACAAGUCACACUUUUGAUAGCGACUCGUUAGGAAAGGAUCGAAGUAUGCAGGAUUCCGUCAUCGACAUCGAAUUAAAGGACUUCACCUGCGCCUAG